CAGCACACACGCACGCUGUAGAUACAACUCGGAUACAGGAGUGAGCCAGCUGAUCAUCUAGUCCCACAUUAAGGAACAAAUUCCAAUUUCUGAUGACAAAAUACUGCCCUUUAAGAGGAUGCAAAACCACAUGGAAUUUUCUGGCUUGCAAAUUUGACUAGAAGGCUUUCAACAGACAGAAAAGACGGUUUGCACAGCAAUUUCCUCUUUUCUGAAAUUUCCUUCCAGUUUGCAAGAUCCUGCUGUUUUUCAGCGUUUGCUGUAAGCCUGAUUCCCAUGCCGACCGCCAUAAAUGCCGCCGUGGCUCGGCAAACAGCCGCUGGGUCAGUCCCCAGCGCCACUAUCGGCACCACGGAGGGGGCAGGAGGGGGCACAGCGGGGAUUUAUUCUGCCAUUAUCAGUCGCAAUCAGCCCAUUAUCAGCACAAAGGAGAAGACCUAUGAAGAGCUUCACAAGAAGUGCCUGGAGAAAAACAUUCUCUACGAAGAUCCUGAUUUCCCACCAAACGAGUCGUCCCUUUUCUACAGCCAGAAAAGCCCCGUCAAGUUCGAAUGGAAAAGACCACGUGAAAUCUGUGAGAAUCCACGGUUUAUUAUUGGCGGAGCCAACAGAACAGAUAUCUGCCAAGGAGAAUUAGGUAACUGCUGGUUUCUGGCUGCCAUUGCUUGCCUGACACUAAAUAAAAAGCUACUCUGUAGAGUCAUACCUCAUGACCAGUCUUUUAUACAAAACUAUGCUGGCAUCUUUCACUUCCAGUUCUGGCGCUAUGGAGACUGGGUGGAUGUUGUCAUCGAUGACUGCUUACCCACCUACAACAACCAGCUGGUCUUCACCAAAUCCUCCCAGCGCAACGAGUUCUGGAGCGCCCUCCUGGAAAAGGCCUAUGCAAAACUCCAUGGGUCAUAUGAAGCUUUGAAGGGAGGCAACACCACUGAAGCCAUGGAGGACUUCACUGGAGGAGUCACAGAGUUCUACGAGAUAAAGGAUGCCCCUAAAGAUAUCUACAAAAUCAUGAAACAUGCCAUUGACAGAGGAUCCCUCAUGGCCAGUUCCAUCGAUGAUGACUUAGGCUUUUGCUAUGGAUCAGCUCCUCGGACCGACAUUGGGGAGCUGAUUGCUCGCAUGGUGAAGAAUCAAGAAAAUGCACAGAUGACUCAGUCCACUGUAGACUACCAGGGGAUGGAGGAGAGGCCAGCCUGGACCAUCGUGCCGAUGCAGUACGAGACUCGGAUGUCCUGCGGGCUCGUCAAAGGCCACGCCUAUUCCGUGACUGCCGUGGAAGAGACAGUAUUUCAAGGGGAAAAAAUACGUCUGGUAAGGCUGAGAAACCCCUGGGGCCAGGUGGAAUGGAAUGGAGCCUGGAGUGACAAGUCAGAGGUGUGGGACUCUGUUAACGAAGCAGAGAAAACUCGCCUGCAGUACAAGGUCGUGGAGGAUGGGGAAUUCUGGAUUUCAUUUCAAGAUUUCAUGAGGCACUUCACAAAGCUUGAGAUCUGUAACCUCACACCUGAUACUCUGGAAGCAGAUAAAUUUCAGACCUGGACUGUGUCAGUCAAUGAAGGACGCUGGGUGAGAGGAUGCUCAGCUGGAGGUUGCCGCAAUUAUCCAGAUACAUUUUGGACCAAUCCCCAGUAUCGCUUGAAGCUCCUGGAGGAAGAUGAUGAUCCUGAGGAUGAAGAGGUUAUCUGCAGCUUCCUUGUCGCACUGAUGCAGAAAAACAGGAGGAAAGAGCGCAAGCUGGGAGCCAACCUGUACACCAUUGGCUUUGCCAUCUAUGAGGUGCCCAAAGAGAUGCAUGGUACUAAGCACCACUUGCAGAAGGAUUUUUUCCUCUACAACGCCUCCAAAGCUAGAAGUAAGACCUACAUAAACAUGCGAGAAAUCUCUGAGCGCUUCCGGUUACCUCCCAGCGAGUACGUCAUCAUCCCAUCCACAUAUGACCCCCACCAGGAGGGAGAAUUCAUCCUCAGGGUGUUCUCAGAGAAAAGAAGUCUGUCAGAGGAAGUUGAAAACAUGAUUGAGGCAGAGCGUCCUUUGAAGAAAAAGGGCAAGCCUAUCAUCUUCGUUUCUGACAGAGCGAACAGCAAUAAGGAGCUGACAGCAGAUGAAAAUGCUGGCAAAGAUGGUGAAAAAACCCAAGCAGAUGGGAAAAAGCGUUCUUCAACAAAAGCUCUCGAGGAGAGUGAAGAGCAAAAACAAUUCAGGAAUAUUUUCCGACAGAUUGCAGGGGAUGACAUGGAGAUCAAUGCUGAGGAACUUAGGAAUGUUCUCAAUAAUGUCGUAAAGAAACAUAAGGACCUAAGGUCAGAAGGGUUUGAGUUGGAAUCCUGCCGCAGCAUGAUUGCUUUAAUGGAUACAGAUGGCUCAGGGAAGAUAAACUUUGAUGAAUUUCGACAUCUCUGGGACAAGAUUAAAAGCUGGCAGAAAAUUUUCAAGCGUUAUGACACGGAUCAUUCAGGAACCAUUAACAGCUACGAGAUGCGCAAUGCUGUUAACGAUGCAGGCUUCCGGCUGAACAACCAGCUCUACGACAUCAUCACCAUGCGCUACGCCGACAAGAACAUGAACAUCGACUUUGACAGCUUCAUCUGCUGCUUCGUGCGCCUGGACGCCAUGUUCCGGGCAUUUCAUGCCUUCGACAAAGAUGGAGAUGGCAUCAUUAAGCUCAAUGUCCUGGAGUGGCUGCAGCUCACGCUGUACGCGUAACACCGGAGCCAGCGGCCACCUCCAUCAAGAGCACACUGAAGAUUUCCAAGGAGCUAGCACCACUCAUCCCAAGGACAAACAAGAGUACUCCCUAAUGAUGUCAUUCACUUGCCAAGAUGAACAGCACGUGGGAAGAAGCCCUUGGAAAGAGAGACAACCACACUCCAGCAGACGGGACAGUAUGCAUGUUUUGUAACUACUCUUACAGCAUCUUGAUAUUUUUCCUUUGGGCAACAAGGAUUAAUUUAUUGAUAACUGAAUUAAGCUUUCUCUGCAUGGUGAAGACAUGGAGACUGCAUAAUUGUUCUGCUUGUGCUGACAACUGGAAAGGUCUUCCCUCAAGUCAGAAACUAGGAAACUAGGACUGCAUCUAACUGUGAAAGUCAGAGGUGUUUACUGCCACCUUGUAAUUGGUCAUUAAGUGUUUGUCCUGCUCUUGGUAUUAUCCUUUCAUGUCUUUGUAAUGUUUAUUGAAUAUUUCACAUGAGAUUGUGCUAGCUACAUUAAUAUUACUCAACCCAAUGACUCAGUUACAGAUUUGGCUGUGCAGGUUGGAUCUCUGCUAUGUAGAAAUGGGAGUGUAAGGCACGACAGACUGCAAUAUCACAGUACAGCUUCAUCUAAUGCCUCAGCAGAAGUACCAGAACUAAGCAAUUUGCUCUCAUUUUUAGUACCCAAUCCUAAUUACAAAUGUAGACAUCAUAAGUGUUUUUCAUUGUAACUGCAUUUCCUCUAACACUGCGAAACUUAUCUGCAAUUCAAGGCAGAAAAUGUCUUACACAUACAAAUUUAUACAUCUACAGACAUAUAUUUCCCCCACCCCAGGUCCUAUUUCCCAACACUACCAUGCAUUUCUUUAUUGCAAGAGGUGACUUGUAGCAGAAUCAGAUACUAUGUCAGCAUGACCACUUCAGGAAUAUUAUUCCAAUGGGCAAGUACAAUUAGUUUAAUGGAACCAAAAAUAAAAUCACCCGCUUUUGGCCUAGGCUUUUUGGUUUUGUUCUGAAAGAACAGAUGAAGAUGAAAUAUUGAGCACUCUUCCAUCAUUCUCCUGAAUAUACAGCAACUUUUGGAAUUUAUGGCAAGUGUGAAAUUAGCUUAGUAUCUCAAACAUUUGCCUGUUUUCUCCUUGAACACAUUGAAAAAAAAAAAAAAGCACUUGAAAGGUCCCCUUGCUACCAGCUUAAAGGAUGACAGGUUUUCACAAGUACAUUAUAAAAAAUGGAAGGAAAACCAAAACAUACAAGGAAGACCAGACUUUGUCAGAACCUUUUACUUAGUUCUCUAGUGGCAAAAAGUAGCAAAGCAAUCCACUAAUGUAAAGCAAAAUUUAAAAAACAAAUCAUAGUAUCCACUCAAAGUUAUUCCAGUGAGUAGUAGAUUUAAAUGAAAGGCCACUAAGAAGCAGAAAACCUUUUCACUAUAAAGUUCUUAGACUCUGGAAGAGGAAGAAAAUCCUACCAAUUAUCUAAAGAAAAAUUUUUCUCCUUCAAAUUCAACUCUCUUAAACCCAAAUAAUUUUUAAGAUGACUGGAACACUUGGAGCCCUGGCUUCCAGUCAUGCCUUACCUCCACUGAGCUAUUAUUUUCCAUACAAAUAUGGCAGAGAUGCUCUUAGUUGGGAUGUUCGGAGAAAAAAAAAUCUAUCAGUCAAAAGAUCAAAAUUGGGAUUUUUAAUUGGCCACUCAAAGCUGGUCCUUACAGCUCUGCUGAGUGAACUAUCAACAAGUUCUAGAGAACUUCCCUUGCAAUGGGUCAUGAAGCAAGGUAGGCAGCAAAUCUGGGAGGCAUUGACUGGGUGGAGAGUUUCAUUUUCCUAACAAAUGACUAGGUUUGAGGUUCCUGCACACCUGUAACACUCCUGCCAGUGCUGAAGCUUCAAAGUGCCCUGUCUGACUUUAUCUAGCACUCAAAAUACAGAAAAAAAAUCCAGAACAAAGUCAAGUUCUACCAAAUCCUGUGAAAGAAACAUUCUACUUAAAACAAAGGAGAAACAGACAAACCAUAACAAUAUAAAGAACUUUAUUUAUUUUUCAUUUCUUCUUUUGUCAUGUAAAGUUUCAUUAUUACACUACAGCUUUGUACCAAAGUGAGAGAAGAAAACCACGAUCAAUCUGUGCACAUGUUCUACACAGUUUAGAUUAUUAAAUAUUCAAUCAAGUUGUUUUAUUCCACUUCCAUUCUGUUUAACAUUACAGCAAAAUGAAAUCUGAGAUGCUGGCAGGUGCAUAUAACAGAAUAUAUACCUACACAGUUUGCUCUUUGAGGAUUAAUUAUUUUACAAACAGUAGCUGAAACCAUUUCCUUAUCCUUCCUCACAUAUUCUGCAACUCUGGACAACUUAGACUGCUUGAAUUAUAGUACAAUGCAAGCCUGAAAACCAAGAUUCACCUGUACCUAUGUUUUAAUUCAACUUAAGGGGAAAAUAUUUUCUCAACAAAAACAUUUCCCCUACCAUUUAUUGCAAGUUUGCUGUUAUCAUUUACCUUGAUCCAGCAUGAUUGUACUGUUUGAAAAUGUGCAUCAAGAACUGCACUACUUCAAACACACCAUACAGCCAAGCUCCUGCUAUUUUGCAGAAGCCAACUUAUGUGCUGAUAAUAUGUUUAGUAAUUCACAUGUAAGUGACACAUGGUAAGCAGAAGCCUGGAUAUUUGAUGCAUCUUUGUACCAAGAGAUGCAGAAGUUUUCCCUCCGUCCCCUUCCACGUACAGAAGCAGCAGUGUUAGGCCAGAGUGUUUUGCACUGCCAGACAGCUGUUAUUUUUCUCUGAAAUUUGAGGGAGAAAAGGAGAAACUAAUACAAACCAAUCCAAAAAAGCCCCUAAAGGGCUGCUGUAUGUAGUCAGCCAUACAGCAAGUCCAGAACUCGUUUUUUAACACUUGACUAAUAAAAAAAUCCACAAAAUAAAUCCUCACUCUACUCACUCUUCCACCCACAACUUUUACUUGCAAAAAGAACAAACCAAAACUAAAUAGUCCUGAAACUGGCUUCAGAUGUGCAGUACUGCUUUUCAUGCAAAUAUUACUGUGUCAAAUGUCACAAACCACCAACCUUCCCAAAGUUAUUACAUUCUUCAACUAGAGGUAUAUCAGGAGUCAAAACCCUAAGCUGCAAGAUCAGAGAGGAUCUCGUUAAUGAAUACCAACAAACAAACAUUAGUUUGGCAUCAAUCUUCCUCAACUGCCUCCAGAAGAAGUAAAUGGCCAAUUGUGAAAUCUGCACCAAAUUCCAGCUGAACAAAUAGGAAACCUCUCCACAGAACUCCAGAGAAGCCCGGGGAUUUCCACAGCUGUACAGCUUUAUAGCAAAUCCUUUUAAGAUAUCCUCAUGACAAAACAGUACAGCAUUUUCCUCUGAACCCCUGAGGAUCUAAAAAAAAUUGUUUCUGAUUUAUGAAGCAAAAUUUUUCACUCCCACCUCUUCCUCAUUUUAGGAUUCUUACAAUGUAUCUGAAAUAACCUACAAAGUAGCAAAAGACACACUGCUAAAACUGGACUGCAGAAGUCCAUACUUUACAGGAGGAUUGUUUUCAAGACAGAUAAGGAAAUAUCAUGGACCACACAAAGACCGCUUCCACCAACUAGAAAAGAUAAACCCAACAAGCAAAUGGGAAUGGAAAUAAAGUGUAGUAACCGCAUUUGUUGCAACAUCUAGUGAGAAAAAUCUUUGUAUGUUCCUGAAAACAGCAGAAAGAAUAUAAAGAAUCACAAGGGAGAAGUAACAAAAUCUACUCUCACACGCAUUUUUCAGAAUGCCACUACUACCCCACAGGCUGGUCCUCAGCACACAUCUCCACACCUUCACUUGCAGGACAGCCCACAAAGGACAGCUUAGGAUGCCCACCCUGUUUAUGCCACACUUAUAUGCUCCCCCAU